GUGAGAUACUCCGACUCGAAGGUCUGCAAGAGUUUUUUGCUAGCCUGCUGCCCUCAUGAAAUUCUGUCGUCGACGUUCUAUUUCCAGAGUCUCUGGAAAAAGCAAUUCCAAUCAGAUCCAUUGUACAAUAUUGUUGCGAGUAUUGUCCGCUCAUAUGUCCGUGUUGUACUUGUCACUCUCACACGCGCGUUACUGUAAGUACUGAAAACGAGAAGAGGACGUACGUAUUACACCUACAAUUUGAUUUACCUUUACCAUAAUUCAAGUGCUAGAUAUACAUAUAUAUAUAUGCAUAUCUAUAUCUAUAUCUAUAUACAUAUCUAUAUAUAUUAAUUCGAUACGAGUGACGUAAAGGCAGGCGGUUAUCUCAGCCCCUCUACCGAUUUUCCACACGGUGGUGAGGCUGAGUAAAUGCCGAAAGAAUAAAUUCCCAGAAUCCCCCCGAAAAGGCCUGUAAACAGUGAAUCGGUGAGUAGCGUCAUGCUGAUUCAUGAGACGAUGUCUUAAUGUCGCUUCUUACUAAUAAUGCCGUUUACGGCAGGUAGGAAUGAGAAGUUUACUUUGAGAAUGUGUGUGAGAAAAUAUAUAUCAUCCUGUGGAAGUAUGGGUGCAGGAAAUGAAGCAGUGAUCUGUAAGUAAAAGAUUUGCGAAUUGCCAAGUACAUCUAUAACAUUCAAUCGCUGUCGAUUUCUUUUUUCGCGCGAAAGACUUAUGUGGGGGGAGAUUUUUCUCCGUUCUCAAUUCCGUUCUAAAAAAGUGCAAAAAUAGAGAAAAAUUUUACAUCACUCGCACGCCACUUUGCGAAUUGAUGUAAAUUUUGAGAUUAAUGGAAAUUUUUUUUUAAUUAUGGAACUUGGUCCUAAAUACUAAUCGCGAUGAUUAAAGAAAUUUUUAACAAAGUUCUUUGGAUUCAUUCGCUUAAAUAUUUAUUAAUAUCUUUGGCAAUUUGCAAUAUCCAAACAUGUCUCGGCAAGAGAAAAUAUGAGAGGUGGCAUGACGCAGAGAGACGUGUGAUUAGGCGGAUUAGUACAACAAGCGCCAGAGUUCCAUUAGAAAAAAUUUCUUCAACCAUUGGAUGUGUACGUAUUGAAUCCGUUUUUUUCUAAAAAUUCGUUUAGCAGCCAACAUAAGACACGGUUCGUGCCGUACGUAAAAUAGUAUAUUAAACCAUUAUAGGCUGUAAGUUCUCUUUCGUAGAAAAAAGUGAACAUUAUGAAACUUAAGGUGUGUGCUGAUUAUAGCUUCAUUGCCAUCGCAUUCUCGUGUCAGGCGGAGAACUGUUGCCACCCUGUAAGUGAAAACAACAAACUAUUUAUCUGUAAAAACUGCAUUUCUACUUUUACACGCGAUACUAGAUCGCCUGACGAUCUCGAUCGCUUCAUUAUUGUACGCUCUAUCCUAGCCUGUGCAGGAAGAUGAACUUACGUUUCCGUGAGUUCAACGUAAAAAGAAUGAAAAUAACAAAAAAAAAUAUAAGAAAAUAUGAAUAUAUUGGACCGUCUUAUCCUAAGGAUAUAGGCGAUGUAAGCUCAGAAUUUUUGUCGUAUCAUCUCUGUCUCUCUCCUAGAUUAUUGAUUCGUACUAUUUUCCAGUCGCAGCACCGCGACCAAAUUAUAUUCUUGUCAAGUAAGAAGUAUCUCGUUAAUACGCAAUGUUGGGAAGGGUUUUUAACUCGUAUAACGCAUAGAAUCUAUAAGGCCUGCGUACGAACGAAGGGACCGUAAAUCUAAUCCUGAUUUGGUUUGUAAAUCGUAGCGCAUGGACCUGGGAGAAUGCCCCCAGAUUCACGACUUGGCCCUACGGGCUGACUACGAGGCCGCGCAAAAGAAGAGAGAUCACUUCUAUGACAUUGAUGCGAUGGAACAUCUCCAAAACUUUAUUGCCGACUGCGAUCGUCGAACGGAACAAGCUAAGCAACGACUAGCGGAGACGCAGGAGGAACUGAGCGCGGAGGUGGCGGCGAAAGCAAACAACGUUCAUGUGCUCGCCGAGGAGAUCGGUAAGAAACUAGCCAAGGCCGAGCAGCUCGGCGAAGAGGGCUUUGUCGAGGAGUCGAUGAAACUAAUGGGCGAGAUCGACGAGCUGCGCAAAAAGAAGAAUGAAGCAGAACAGGAGUAUCGAAACAGCAUGCCGGCGUCAAGUUAUCAACAACAGAAACUGAGAGUAUGCGAAGUAUGCAGCGCAUACCUUGGGAUACAUGACAAUGACAGACGCCUGGCAGAUCACUUCGGUGGGAAGCUGCAUCUCGGCUUUAUUAAAAUCCGUGAGAAACUCGCUGAACUUCAAAAAACCGUCGAAGAGAGACGUAAGGAGAAACGUGAAUCUCAGCUCGACAGAAGACGGGACAGAGACAGGGAGGACCGCGAUAGGGACAGGAACCGCGGAGGAUUGGGCUACAGAGACCGCGACCGCGAUAGAGAUCGCGACCGUGACAGAGAUCGCGAGCGCGACCGUGACCGCGAUCGAGACCGUGACCGUGACCGUGACCGCGAUCGCGACCGUGACCGUGACCGCGAUCGGGAUCGCGAUCGCGACCGCGAUCGUGAUCGUGACCGCGAUCGUGAUCGUGAUCGUGAGCGCGAGCGUGAACGUGAACGUGAGCGUGAUCGAGACCGGGAACGCAAGGAUAGCGGUAGAAGAAAGUCACGAUCUCGCAGUCGCAGUCGUGGAAGAAGAUCAAAACGUUCCCGUAGUGGCAGUCACAGCCGUCGAUCUCGUUCUCGUCGCAGUGGGUCUAAUGAUCGUAAGAGAUAAGGGACAAGAUGUAUAAGGACUAUGCUCAAUGGUUUCGUUUCCUUCUUCACACGCGCACUUUUACACAUGUAAAAUGUAAUGUAUAACACCAAAUCGCGCGCACGAGACAUUUGCACCGAACGUCUGUAGCAAAUGCGAUACUCCAUUUUGACAUAAUCUUUGUACAUUACUUGUCAUC